AUUCGAUCUCUGAGUGCAUCCGGUGUCCAGUAUAGAGCGAAGAAUAAACGGCAAAAAGAAAAGAAAGAAAAAAAGACCUAAUUCGGCGGCUGGUGUACAGAGGAUGAAAAGGAGAAGAAUGGAUAAAAUAAAAUAAAUAGGUAGAUAAAUAAUAGUCGGACGCAGGGAACGAUCACGAGCCAGAGAGGCCAACUAACGAGCUCGAACCCAGAAUUGAACCAAAGAUCCAGCUAGGCGGAGAGCAACCGACGUGAAACAGGCGCCGCUGGAAUAGUGUGAUACCUGGUAGCCCAGAGAUAUUAGAACGCUUCGUGAUACAGCAUGCGGCCGUGUCGUCGGUGGUUAUCGAGAUGGAGCGGCAGCCCGCAGCAAAAUCGCAAAGUUUCACGACUUGAGUGACGGGUUCUGGCGAAGCUGAAGCUGCUGAACCCGACAAAGUCGCUGGCCCGAACGACUGAGUCAGAAGAAAGGCACGACGGGGAUCAGCCUCAAAAUGGCUGAUUGGCGGCUUACAGUCGGUUUUUGUGCGACUCUUGGGUCUAGUCCAAGGGACCCUGUUGCCAGAUGCAAGGCAGUCGGGCCAAAGAAAAUAGGGUUACUCGCCGAAAAGCCUGCAAGCACAAAGAGCUACUUGUACAGAGUAAGUAGGUAGCCAAGCAAGUAGUCAAGU